AUGAAGAUCCAGUUAAUUAUAUUUAUCCUAAUUCUUUGGACUGAAGCAUGGGCAGAUCAGAGCCCAGGGCCAGGCCCUGAGUACGCGGAUGUGGUGUUUCUGGUGGACAGCUCGGAUCAUCUGGGAACCAAGUACUUUCCGCUGGUGAAAACAUUCCUCAACAGAAUGAUCAGCAGUCUCCCCAUAGAGCCCACCAAGUACCGCGUGGCCCUGGCCCAGUACAGUGACGCGCUCCACAGCGAGUUCCACCUCAGUGCCUUCAGGAGCAGGAACCCCAUGCUGAGCCACCUCAAGAAGAACUUCGCGUUCAUCGGCGGGCCCCUGAAGCUAGGCAAGGCUCUUCGGGAGGCCCACAAGACCUAUUUCUCUGCGCCCACAAACGGAAGGGACAAGAAGCAGUUUCCCCCCGUGUUGGUGGUCCUGGCUUCAGGCGAGUCUGAGGACGAUGUGGAAGCGGCUGCGCAGGCCCUGCGGAAAGACGGAGUGAAAAUCAUCUCGGUGGGGCUGCAGGAGGCCUCCGAGGAGAGCCUGAAGGCCGUGGCCACGUCUCCGUUUCAUUUCAACCUUCGGACGGCCAGAGACCUCAGCACGUUUUCCCAGAACAUGACGCAGAUCAUCAAGGAUGUAACCAAGUACAGGGAAGCACUCAGAGCUGAUGCAAAAGUUCCUUCUGCAAUAUCCUGCCAGAAAGAUUCACUCGCUGACCUUGUGUUUCUCAUGGAUGGGUCCUUUGGGACCAGACAAGAUUUAAAGAAUCUUCAGGAGUUUCUGGACAACAUUACUGCAUCCUUGGAUGUGAAGGACAGUUGUACGAGACUGGGACUGAUGAGUUAUAGUGACAGCUCAGAUAUUCUUUCUCUUCUGAAAUCAAGCACAAGUCAAUCUAUAUUCCAGCAGCAAAUCAGGAAGCUUUCCCUCCAGGAUGGGAAAUCAAAUGCUGGGGCUGCCAUUGAGAAGAUGAGGAAGGAAGUUUUCUCAGAAGUUAAUGGUAGCAGAAGGGUGCAGGGGGUCCCUCAGAUUGCAGUUCUGGUCACCCACAGACCCUCAGAUGACGAGGUGCGGGAGGCUGCCCUGAACCUGCGGCUGGAGGGUGUGACUGUAUUUGCUCUGAGCAUCCAUGGGGCUAACAAUACUCAGCUAGAUGAAAUAGCGUCGUACCCUGCACAACAGAGAGUGUCCAUACUGAAUUCCUACUCAGACUUGGUAUGGUAUAGCCCCAAGUUCCUGAAAAAGAUCAAGAAUGAAGUAUGGAUGCAAGUUUCUACUCGUGCUGAACAAAUGGACCUUGCUAAAACUGGCUGUGUGGAUACAAAGGAAGCUGAUAUCUAUUUCCUCAUUGAUGGCUCAAGCAGCAUCCAGAAAACACAAUUUGAGGAAAUCAAAGAGUUCAUGUCAGCGGUGAUCGACAUGUUUACCAUUGGUCCAAACAAAGUCCGAGUUGGUGUUGUGCAGUAUUCAAAUAAGGUGGAAGUGGAAUUUGCUCUCUCUCUCUAUAAUAAUGCCAUAGACUUAAAAAAGGCUGUUUUUAACAUCAAGCAACUACAAGGUGGCACCCUGACUGGCAAAGCCCUGAAUUUCACUCUGCCACUCAUAAAGGAAGGAAAGAAGGACCGGACAAGCAAGGUUCUCUGCUUCCUCAUUGUGCUGACUGACGGGAAGUCCCAGGACCCUGUCCUGGAGCCUGCAGCAAGGCUAAAGGCUGAACAAGUUAUCAUUCAUGCAAUUGGUAUUGGAGAGGCUAACAAGACACAGCUGCUACAAAUAGCUGGGAAAGAAGACAGGGUUACCUUUGGGCAGAAUUUUGACUCCUUAAAAAGUAUAAGAAAUGAUGUGGUUCACAGCAUCUGCACUGAAAAAGGAUGUGAAGACAUGAAGGCUGACAUCAUGUUUCUGGUGGAUAGUUCUGGAAGUAUAGGACCUGCGAAUUUUGAGAUAAUGAAAACCUUCAUGAAAGACUUGUUGACUAAGAUUGAAAUUGGUGCAAACCAAACCCAGAUUGGUGUGGUUCAGUUCAGUAGUUAUAAUAAGGAAGAGUUCCAGCUUAACCAAUACUUUACAACAAAAGAGAUUUCUGAUGCGAUUGACAGAAUGUCUCCCAUCGAUAGCACCACUUUGACAGGAAGUGCAUUAACUUUUAUAAGUCAAUAUUUUACCCACCCCAAGGGGGCCCGUCCCCAGGUCAGAAAGUUCCUCAUCCUCAUCACAGACGGUGAAGCGCAAGAUGAUGUGAGGGUUCCUGCAAUUGCUCUUCGGGAUAGUGGGGUGAUCAUCUUCUCUGUGGGGGUGUUUGGCGCCAACAGGACUCAGCUGGAAGAGAUCAGUGGAGGUGGAAGCCUCGUUUUCCAUGUUGAGAACUUUGACCUCCUGAAAGCAAUAGAAAAUGAACUCAUCUUUCGAGUGUGUGCUCUGCAUGAUUGUAAAAGGAUUGAACAGUUAGACAUUGUGUUUGUGCUGGACCACUCUGGCAGCAUCAAUGUACAACAGCAAGAAAGCAUGGUCAACCUGACGGUCCAUUUGGUGAAGAAAGCAGAUGUUGGCAGAGACCGAGUUCAGUUUGGAGCUCUCAAAUAUUCAGACGAUCCUGAGAUUCUUUUCUACCUCAACACAUACUCUACCAGUUCGGAAAUCACUGAGAAUCUGAGGAGACGCAGGGCUACUGCAGGGAAUACCUACACUGCCAAAGCUCUCAAACACUCAAACAUCCUGUUCAGAGAGGAACACGGCAGUCGCAUCAAACAAAACGUGAAGCAGAUGUUGGUCAUCAUCACAGAUGGGGAAUCCCAUGAUCGGAGUGAGCUCAGCAGCACGGCACAGCAGUUAAGAGACAAAGGCAUCACCGUCUUGGCAGUGGGUGUAGGAAAAGCCAACCAAGAAGAACUGGAGAUGAUGGCAGGACAUAGAAACAAUACUAUCCAUGUGGACAAUUUUGACAAACUGAAAGAUAUUUAUCUGCCUCUACAAGAAAGAAUAUGUACAGAUGCACCAGCAGCCUGUGACCUUCAGCAAGCCGACGUGGUUUUCCUUUGUGAUGGCUCUGACUUGGUAUCCGAUUCAGAGUUUGUUGUCAUGAAGACUUUCUUGUCAGAUUUAAUUGAUAAUUUAAAAAUUCAGCCUCAAAUGCAAAUUGGGAUGGCUCAAUAUGGGAGCCGCUACCAGGAAAUGAUAGAGCUGAAAAAUACUUUGACUAAAACCCAAUGGAAGUCAAAAAUUCAAACUGUUGCCAAGACCAAUGGGAUUCCACAAAUUCACUUAGGCCUUAAACAUGUGCUCCAUAUGUUUGAUCCAUCCACUGGUGGGAGAAAAAAUGCUGGUGUUCCUCAAAUUUUGGUGGUUGUCAUAUCUGGGCAUCCUGCCUAUAAUGUGAUAGAUGCAGUAAAAGCCCUAAAAGCCCAUGGAAUUUGUAUCAUGGUUGUGGGCAUUGGUGAUGUUAAUAAAGAACAACUUCUUCCAAUAUCUGGCAAUUCUGAAAAAAUAAUCACUUUGCAAGACUUUAAUAGACUAAAGAACGUGGACGUGAAAAAAAGGAUGGUUCGUGAAAUCUGCCAGAGCUGUGCGAAAACCAGUUGCUUUGUGGAUGUAGUGGUCGGGUUUGACAUUUCCACUCACCUUCAAGGGCAGCCGUUGUUCCAGGGCCACCCCCGCUUGGAAUCGUACCUCCCACGCAUCUUACAGGCUAUCACUUCCAUCAGGGGAGUGAGCUGCAGGGCAGGUGCAGAGACGCAGGUGAGCCUGGCCUUUAAGGUGAACAGUGAUGGAGAGUUCCCUGCCAAGUUCCAAAUCUACCAGAAAACAGUGUUGGACAGUUUGCUGCAGGUCACCGUCAGUGGCCCAGCUCAUCUGAAUGCACAGUUCUUGCAGUCACUGUGGGAUACAUUUGAGGAUAGAUCUGCAACCCGGGGACAGGUGCUGUUGAUCUUUUCAGAUGGUCUCCAGGGUGAAAGUAUCACAAUGCUUGAAAAUCAAUCGGACAGGCUGAGGGAAGCAGGACUUGAUGCUCUGCUGGUGGUAGCUCUCAACACCACCGCUCAUGAGGAAUUUUCCAGCUUUGAGUUUGGAAAAGGAUUUGAUUAUAGAACUCACUUGACGAUCGGAAUGACAGAAUUAGGCAGCAUGCUGUCAAAGUACCUGGGAAAUAUAGCAGAGAGGACUUGUUGCUGUACAUUUUGCAAAUGCCAAGGGGACGUGGGACCUCACGGAACUCGAGGAUUGCAAGGCUUCAAGGGUUCUUCAGGUCAGAAAGGUGGCAGAGGACACAGGGGAGAAGAAGGAGAACCUGGAAGAAGAGGAGACACUGGGCCCGAAGGAUACAGAGGGACCGUGGGAUGCUCAGGACAGAGGGGUCAAAAGGGAGCCAAAGGAUUUUCAGGAUAUAAGGGAGAAGCAGGCGACAGCGGGGUGGAUGGAAUCGAUGGGGAGGAGGGAUUACAUGGAUUUCCUGGGAAGAAAGGAGAAAAGGGUGAUCCAGGGUCUCAGGGCUACCCAGGUUCCAGAGGUCCCCCUGGGGAAGAUGGAGAAAAAGGCUUCCGGGGGGAUCCCGGUAAUCCAGGACAAAACGGCAAUGAGAAGGGACAAAAGGGCUCCAAAGGAGAACAAGGAAGACAAGGCACAGCUGGACAGAAGGGGACACAAGGCAGUCCUAGCUCCAGAGGAAGAAGGGGGGAACCAGGAAACCCUGGACCUCGAGGUGCACCAGGAGCUGAAGGAUUACAAGGCCCACAGGGACUGAGUGGAAAUCCUGGCAGGAAAGGAGAAAAAGGAAGCCAGGGGCACAAAGGACCUCAGGGUUCUUCUGGAAUAGUGGGACCUAAAGGGAGCAUUGGGAGAACUGGACGUUUGGGGAGAAAGGGAGAACCUGGAGUUCCUGGAGACCCAGGGCCAGUGGGGCCACCUGGAGAGCGCGGAAAGCAGGGAGAUUAUGGCAUCCCAGGAUAUGGUAACAUGGGACGAAAAGGAGUAAAGGGUCCAAGAGGAUUCCCUGGAGAUGUGGGGCAGAAGGGUGAAGUUGGAGAUCCUGGAAUUCCUGGAGAGCUUGGACCUAAGGGGUUCAGGGGACUAACUCUCACUAUAGGCUUGAAAGGUGAAAGAGGACAUCAUGGAUCACAAGGCCCGCCUGGGCGGAAAGGCCCUAAAGGCAUGGCAGGGGAGCCUGUGUUUUCUCAAUGUGAUCUGAUCCAGUUUGUGCGGAGCCAUAUUCCUUGUUGGAAAGAAAAGUGUCCGGUAUACCCAACAGAACUGGUUUUUGCCUUGGAUCAAUCCUCUGGCGUCACUGAACGGAGAUUUAAUGAAACAAGGGAAAUCAUCACUUCCAUUGUUAAGAACCUUACCAUCAGGGAAAAUAAUUGUCCCAUAGGAGUGAGAGUUGUUGUGGUUUCCUAUGACUCAGACACCAACUAUCUCAUCCGUCCAUCUGACUACCACAGCAAGAAGCAACUCCUCCAGCUUCUUUCCCAAACAGAAUACCAAGUUCCCACUGGGGCCCGAGACAUUGGUGGUGCACUCAGGUUCGUGGCCCGCAAUGUUUUUAAGAGAAUGUAUGCAGGAGCUAAUGGGAGGAGAGUGGCUGUGUUUUUUAGCAAUGGUCAAGUAGCCAGCACUUCAUCCCUCCUCACAGCCACCAUGGAACUCAGUGCCCAGGAUGUCAGUACAGCAGUUUUUGCCUUUAAUGAAAGAGCUUUCCUUGAUCAAGCUUUUGAGUUUGACAGCACGGGAACAUUUCAGGUGAUUCCAAUGCCUUCAGAUGAGGAACAUGAAUAUUUAGAAAGACUACGACGCUGCGUACUUUGCUAUGAUAAAUGCUUUCCAGAUACUUGUGCUGAAGAGGUUUUAUUACCUGCAGAUUCAUACAUGGAUGUAGCCUUCCUUUUAGAAAAUUCUCAAAAUACAGCAAAUGAUGGUUUUAAGGCUCUGAAAAACUUUCUGAGCUCAGUAAUUGACAACUUUGACAUUGCUUCAAACCCUACAAUCUCAGAGUCUGGUGACAGGAUUGCUUUGUUGAGUUACACUCCCCUGGAUGGUUCAAGGAGAAAGAAGGGUACAGUAAAAACAGAAUUUGACUUUACAACUUAUGACAACAAAGUACUAAUGAAGAGACACAUCCAGACUUCCCUCGGCCAGCUGAGUAGUGAUGCCACCCUUGGUCAUGCCCUGCUGUGGGCCACAGAACAUCUCUUCCCAGAAACAUCCCACCCAAGAAAACACAAGGUCAUCUUUGUGGUCUCAGUUGGAGAUUAUCCUGAGACAAAGGAAUUUGAGAAGAAGGUGGCUUUGAGGGCCAAGUGUGAAGGCUAUGUCAUGUUUAUGAUUUCUCUGGGCUCUAAUGACAUGGAGGAGUUGGCCAGCUACCCAUCUGAUCACCAUCUGAUACAACUCGGAAAAAUGCACAAGCCAGAACUGAAUUAUAUCGUGAAGUUUCUAAAGCCAUUUAUAUACUCAGUCAGACGAGGAUUCAAUCAGUACCCACCACCCACGCUGGAGGAUGCCUGUAGGCUCAGCAGUUUAGGACAAGACAGGCAGACCAGCGGAAGCCUAUUUACUGAUGAGGUUUAUGAGGUCUCUGCAGACAUGAACAGUCUCAUCAGCCAGGAAUUAAGGGCCAGGAGAGAUCCAUCUUUUGUGUUGGAAGAAAAUGGAGAUGACCAUUUGGUCUAUAUCCCAAACCGAAUGCUGGAGCCACAUAAAUUACUGACUAACUAUGAGAAAGAUCAGAAAUUCACAGAAGCUGCAAGUCUCACUUCUGGAUAUGAAAAUCAUGGCAGGAGAGAAGAACCAGUUGUGACUUUUGGACAAGGAGAUGUCUCUCUUCAGGCAUAUUACAUGGAUGUGGCCUUCCUUAUAGAGGCCUCCCAAAGAAUAGGGCAUGAUGAAUUUAAGGAAGUGAAAGCUUUUGUAACCUCAGUUCUAGAUUACUUCCAUGUUACACCAGAUCCCCUGACAUCCACCUUAGGAGACAGAGUGGCUGUCCUGACCUACUCUCCUCCUGGAUAUCUGCCUGACACUGAAGAAUGCCCUGUCUACCUGGAAUUUGAUUUGAUUACUUAUAGCAAUAUACAUCAAAUGAAACAUCACGUCCAACAUUCUCUUGAACAGCUCAAUGGAGAUGUUUUUAUUGGCCAUGCCCUGCAGUGGACAAUUGAUAAUGUCUUUGUAGGGACCCCUAAUCUGAGGAAAAACAGAGUUAUCUUUAUAAUAUCUGCUGGGGAAACCAACCCUCUAGACAAGGAAAUCUUAAGGAAUGUAUCUUUGAGAGCGAAGUGUCAAGGCUACACCAUAUUUGUAUUUUCCUUUGGUCCUCUACACAAUGACAAGGAAUUAGAAGAAUUAGCCAGCCACCCCCUGGAUCAUCACUUAGUCCAGCUUGGCAGGACCCACAAGCCAGAUUUGAACUACAUCAUCAAGUUCAUCAAGCCAUUUGUUCACGUAAUUAGACGUUCUAUCAACAAAUAUCCCAACAAUGAUCUGAAAGCCAAGUGUGUUAACAUCACCUUCCCCAGACCAGAGAACGCUGGCACAGAAAACACUGUAUUACUUAUUCCUGAGGUGUAUGACAUAGAGACAGAAGACAGUGGCCUCUUUGGUCACUUUGGUUCCCAGGAACAUUUCUUUGAAUUAGGGAACAACCGCAAUAAUUCUGGGAUUGUUACUGAUUUGAUUCAUAAGUUAUACAUGCUCUUUUCACCUGAGGAAGUCAUGGUGAAUGACAAGAAAGAGGCACAUUCCAAAGAAAUGACAGCUUCAGGCAACGAUAAGCAACAAGAAAAAAAAGGCGACAUGUGAAGGAGGACAUUCCUCAAGGAGUGCUGUAAGUGAAUAUAAUGACAUUAAGGGAAGUGUUUUGCAGAUGAUGAGGACUCAAGAUAGUCAUAGCAGAAGAGAAAACAACUCAUUGGCGUGUCUAAUUCCAUGUGCUCUAACAAGAAAGGAUGCCAUCUGUCACGGUGGUCCAUGCCAGGACUUCAGGAGAACAAACUCAUUUUUCUCUUAGUCUCAAAUCUAUAGGAAAAACCUUUCUAAAUAAAGAUAUCAAUGAACAGACCUAAGCAACUGGAGAUGACUUUAUUUCUUUUGAGAACUGGGAAGACUGAACUUUAAAAGUUAACUGAACCUUUCUGAUGUCUCUGUUUAUAAAUUUUGAGCAAUUUUGAUAAUGCAGCUGCCUAAAGAAGAUUUUGUCAUAGUUUCCAUCAUGUACCUAUCUUGGAUUGGAUUCUUGAAUAAGAAGAAUUCACAAUUACAUUUUCUCUGGACUUUUUUCUUUUUAACCUUUUUCUAGCAUUGGAAAUCCAUGCCCAUGUCUCUAGUUGUGGUAGGAUCCCAACAUCGCCCACAGUGCUGAUUAUCUACAAAAUGUAAUAGGCUGCUGUUCUUAUGGUCUGUUCCUUCACUCCACCAAGACAUCUG